AUGGCGGCUCUCGGCGCGCGGUGCGGCGUGCUGCGGCCGCUGGAGCCGGCCGAGGACGACAGCCUGGCCGCGUACGCGGUGGGCGGCGUGCCGACCGUGUACUACGUCCCGAACUGGAUCGAGGAGGGCCAGGAGGCGGAGCUGCUGUCCAUGGCGGACGCGGACAUGAGCGCUUGGGAGGACAUGGGCACCCGGGCCACGCAGGAGUGGGGCGCCGGCGACCGGUGCCCCUGCGGGCGCGGGCUGGAACGCGUGCCGUUGCCAGAGGUGUACCAGAACCUGGCGGAGGCGCUCCACCAGCUGGGGGUGUUCGACGGGGCCCUCUUCCCGAUGAACAGUGUGCGCAUCAACGCCUACUGGCCGGGCCAGGGCAUCCACCCGCACUGCGACGGCCCGGUUUACUACCCGAAGGUCGCUAUCCUCAGCCUCGGCUCUGCCUGCGUCUUCGACUUUUACCCCUGCGCGGGCAACGAGAAGACAAGCCUCGCGUGGGACGCGGAGAGAAACGUGCCCGGCGGGCACGUGGGCGGCGCCGAGCAGGUCAGCGUGCUCCUCGAGCCCCGUAGCCUGCUGGUCUUCGCGCGCGACGCCUUCUGGCACCACCGCCACGGGUUCAAGGCCGUGGCCGCCGACGCCGUGGGCGACACGUCUGCAACCUCCGCUGGCUGGGCGGGCGCGUCCGAGCGGGGGACGUCAUCCAGCGCGGGCGGCGGGUCUCGCUGA